GGAGAUUUAAGAGCUUUACCCCAGCCAUUGAAAAUGCUGUUAAAGCUUCUUCAAAGUUAUCACAAAACCCUAUAAGAAACUAUAAACAAAAGUCCCAAACAAAUAUAUAUAACAUAAAAAGGACAAGGUCAUUUGACUUGAUCUUGGACGGCCAUAGUUGAAGAAGCAAGUAAAAGGCUCAAACUCUUCCCAGCUUGGCAGCUUAUCCAGCAUCCCAGCUCAGUUCAACUCAAGUCUCAAACUGUUGUACAUGAUAAUGGUGGCUGCAGUUGCAUCACCUACCCAUCCAGGAAAUGUUAGGCUUCCAUCUUCCGAGCGUGUCAAGUCUGGAGUUAUAGUUUUGGAUCUUUAUGCAAUGCUUCACAAACCUUCUCAUGCUUUUGGCCAAAAACUCAGUUCUCGUUGCUGUUUAUUCUGCAGACCUCAACCUCUACUGGUCAACAAUUUCAAGAGGAUGACAUGGUCUAUCAGAAGUAAUAGCAGUGGGUUGGAUCCAUCUCCAAGAAAUGGCUCUACUGGCACGACGCGAUUAAUUAGGGCAAUCCAAGCUAUUCAAACCAAGUUAGGUGUAAAAAUUCGACAGCUACGGAGAGGUUUUCCAAUGAAAUUACUCUUCUUCUUAGUGGGUUUCUACUGUGCUACUGCUUAUGCUACUGUUAUUGGGCAAACAGGCGACUGGGACAUUCUAUCUGCCGCUUUUGCUGUGGUUAUUGUGGAGGGGAUUGGGGCACUCAUGUAUAAGGCGUCUAUUCCUUUUGUAAAGAAGACUAGGAACCUGAUAACCAUGUUUAACUAUUGGAAAGCUGGGCUUUCCAUGGGUCUCUUCUUGGAUUCAUUCAAAUAUGAGUUCAAUGACAUCUUUGGAUUCAGUAACCCCUUCAAUUUCAAACUACACGCUUUCUCAAUAUUCUGGUAACACAAGGCUUGUUUGAGUGCUGCUUACUGACGUGUUUCUCAUCCAAAGUUGGAAAAAAUGUGACCAGUAAACAUAGGUCAGGAACUGCAGUGGUGGAGCAACAUUGUUAGCUUUUCAGAACAAAGAGAAGGUACAAAGAGUAAUGGGUUUGCCAGAAAAAUAAGGAGCCUUUUCGCUAAAUGAUUUAUUGGAUAACUGCUGCGCCCGGAAAGAAGAAGACAGAGGAGGCUAGUGCAACCAUGAAGGUUAAGUCCACUGGAAGAUACUACUGAAAGAAAGAGAAAUUAUCAGUCUAUACCAUGUUAGACCAGAAACCCAAUAAACCAAAGAAAGGAUCUUCCUCGAGUACGAAGGGAAAAGGUGCUCCAAAACUUUAAUCCUACACUCACGGUAUUGAUCACCCUCCCUCUGAUUAAGAAGUUGAGUAUGUGCUAACAGAGUCCAAAUUGUAAGCCACUUUAAUGUAUCCAUAACGGGCAAAAGAGUUAAGAAAGUGUGAUAAGGACCUUGGUGCCCAGGACAGGAGUCAUUAAGCGUGAUAAGGACCCUCUGUGUCAGCCCGAGAAAAGAAACUUCUAAAGAAUGCACCAGUACCAGAACAAUGGCAGCUCAUGGGGUCAGGUGCUGCUGAAACUCAGGCUUCAAAGAUUUUUGCUGGGUUGAGCUUCCCAAAUGAUAUCUAUGGCCGUCCUACCAAGUCAUUCAAUGGUGACUGGAGGAUGAGAAUUUCAUCAGCUAAGGUACUUGUUGAGCAGCUAACUCUUUCGUUGCUUGAUAAAGCCCCAGACAAUCUCGACUUCAGGCCUGUUCUCCGAUUGGAGGAAUACAUAUGCCGUUGGAAAAGAAAAAAACUGGUUUGUCACAUGUUCGGGAUCACCUUAACACCGCUUGCUCUCAGAAGUCGCAUCUUCGUGAUAUUCAUUCGACUUCUAUGGGGAAGGAUUGCUGAUUUUUUAUUUUUAUUUUUGGGUAAGAAAAGUAAGUUCACAUGGAGCUUGGGCAAGAGGAAAUUAAUGGUUUCUCGUAAUUCCAUCUCUCGCUCUCGGUGUAGUGAUAGUUCGUUUUCCAAUAUCAGAAGAGGUCCUGGGUCUGGACUUUGGAA